UCUGAAUCUUAAAAAUCUCCCGUCGGAACCUCACGCCAACUGGUUCACCUUUAGCGUGGUUCGGUUCUUGCUUCGGUCACAUUAAAUCUGACAUUUUCGUCGGUCUGCAGGAUCAGUCGAAUAUUAUUCGCCGCCAUUUUCACAACGUGCUAUUAUAGCAAAUUUUUUGGAAGCCUCUAACGAUGGCAUACAAAGGAGGACAGAAAGUUCAGAAGGUUAUGGUGCAACCCAUUAACUUGAUUUUUAGAUAUCUACAAAAUAGAUCCAGGAUCUCAGUAUGGCUGUAUGAACAGACCAACCUCAGAAUAGAAGGAUGUAUUGUGGGAUUUGAUGAAUAUAUGAAUCUGGUAUUAGAUGAAGCAGAAGAAGUUCACAUGAAGACAAAGAACAGAAAAACACUUGGACGAAUAAUGCUCAAGGGAGAUAACAUCACAUUAAUCCAACAAGUGCAGACUGCUGAAACAACGUAAUCAACAGCAUUAUGUGUAUAUACAUCUAACAGGGAACAAGUCAGAGAGAUUCCAUAUUGUUUGGAAGAAUGUUGUAAAUUUUUGGUGACUUUGUGACUACAUGAAGAACAGUGUCACGACAACUUUUAAGUUUCAAAUGGGACAACAAAUACCAAUUUUAUAUUUUUUGUUACAAAAUCUGUUUUUUAGAUUUUAUUCUUAAAAGAAAGUUCAGAUAUUUCUACACAUUAAUUUUGCAAUAACAUCAAAACAUCAUUUACUACACUUCAACUUUAAUAAUUUGCAUAUGAUUUCUAAUGUCUGUAUAAAGGUGUCAUUAUAGAUUUAAUGGCAAAUCUGGAACCAGUUUAUUAUAAAAUCAGGAAAUCUUUUGUUGAGGGAAUGGUUGGGAAUUAAGAAACAUUAUCUUAUCAUUAUACUAUAUUGCAAAUUAAUUUGAAGUGUCUUUUGAACUCCUAUCAUUUUCUUUAUUACUCAUGUCGUCUUUUCAAUCAUGUCAUUGUAAAAUAAAUUUUAUUAACUCUU